AUAAUAGAUCGAUCAAUUUUGAGUCUGAAAUUCCAUAGAAGGAUUACGAAGUCAAAUUCGCCGUGAGUUCAUUUUUCAGCUUCAUUUGCAUCGAUUAAAGGACUUAUAAUCCGUCUGAUUCCAUUGAUUGGCGGCGAAAGAUCAUCCAAUCUCCAUUUGUCGUCGAGAGAAAGACGAAGAAGGAAUUGAAGCCGAUAUGUCUCGGAACAUUUCAUACAUAACUGGCACUCAGCUUCUCUCCUUCAAACGCCGGCCAAAUGUCGCCAUCAUCGACGUUAGGGACGACGAGAGGAGUUACGAUGGUCAUAUUGCGGGAUCUCUGCACUUCGCUAGUGACAGUUUCUCCGAUAAGAUCUCUAAGCUUGUCCAAGAAGUGAAAGGGAAAGACACGCUUGUUUUCCACUGCGCUCUCAGCCAGGUUCGAGGUCCAAGUUGCGCAAGGAAGCUUGCCAACUAUCUCGAGGAGAUUAAGGAGGAUGGUGGAAUAAAAAACAUAUGUGUUCUUGAACGUGGCUUCAAUGGCUGGGAAGCGUCUGGCCGACCCGUUUGUCACUGCAACAAUGUGCCUUGCAAGGAGGGGAUGUAGGAUUCAGUAAUUUCAUCAAAGCUCACCAUGGUUUUUGAAGAACUUAAUCAAUCAAAUGGAGACCUGCAUACCUUUGAUGACUAAGAAUAUAUGUGGUAUGAUAUUGUUAAAGAAAUAUGACUUCAUAAAUAUGUGGAAUGUUAUAGUUGCAUUGUAUAUGUAUCCACAUCCGAUCAACUUGGCUAUUAAGUUGUUGAACCCUGGGGUUUGUUUCUGCCAAGUGAAUUUAUUAUCACUUUGGUGUUCAGAGAAGAUAGAUAUGCCUAUGAUUCAUAUGGUUGCAUUUAUAAAUGGUGCGGUUGGUUCAUGUUA